CCAGGCUCCCCGCCUAAGCGGGAGGUGCUCGCUGCUCGCCGCCCACCGCUGCCGGAACAAAAGGCGCGGUUGCAUGGUGGCUGCGGAGCACCGGUCCCGCUCCGCACCCCGCUCCGCACCCCGCCACCAUGUCGGGCAGCGGCGGCGGCAGCAGCAGCAGCAACGCGGUGAAGAAGAGGAGCCCGGCUGGCUCGGCCUCCUCGCUGGCUCAGGAGGAGGAGAAGCAGGCGAUGGAGAAGAUGCUGGAGGCGGCGGGCGGUGGGGCGCAGGAGAACGGUUGCGCCCGCUCGCCCUCGCCCUGCGCCUCCGCCGAGGGCGAGGGGGUGACCCUGCAGCGCUCCAUCACGCUGCUCAACGGCGUGGCCAUCAUCGUGGGCACCAUCAUCGGCUCCGGCAUCUUCGUCACCCCCACCGGCGUGCUGCGGGAGGCCGGCUCGCCGGGGCUGUCGCUGGUGGUGUGGGCCGUCUGCGGGGCCUUCUCCAUCGUGGGUGCCCUCUGCUACGCUGAGCUGGGUACCACCAUCACCAAAUCUGGCGGGGACUAUGCCUACAUGCUGGAGGUGUACGGCUCCCUGCCCGCCUUCCUCAAGCUCUGGAUAGAGCUGCUCAUCAUCCGGCCCUCCUCGCAGUACAUCGUGGCUCUGGUCUUUGCCACUUACCUGCUCAAGCCCAUCUUCCCCACCUGCCCGGUGCCCGACGAGGCUGCCAAGCUGGUGGCCUGUCUCUGUGUCCUGCUCCUCACAGCAGUGAACUGUUACAGCGUGAAAGCUGCUACUCGUGUUCAGGAUGCCUUUGCUGCGGCAAAACUGCUGGCGCUGGCUUUGAUCAUCAUUCUUGGCUUCGUGCAGAUUGCGAAGGGUGAUGUGACAAACCUGACUCCUGAGCACUCCUUCAAAGGCACCAAAGUAGGCGUGGGGAACAUCGUGUUAGCUUUGUACAGCGGUCUCUUUGCCUAUGGAGGAUGGAAUUACUUGAAUUUUGUUACAGAAGAGAUGAUAAAUCCCUACAGAAACCUGCCUCUGGCUAUCAUCAUCUCACUACCUGUAGUCACUUUGGUUUAUGUGCUGACAAACUUGGCUUACUUCACGACCCUGUCGACGGACCAGAUGCUGACGUCCGAAGCCGUGGCUGUGGAUUUUGGGAACUACCACCUUGGCUUCAUGUCCUGGAUCAUACCCGUCUUUGUUGGCUUAUCCUGCUUUGGAUCCGUUAAUGGAUCUCUCUUCACUUCUUCCCGGCUGUUCUUCGUGGGAUCCCGAGAAGGUCACUUGCCCUCAAUCCUGUCUAUGAUUCACCCCAGGCUUCUCACUCCCGUGCCGUCCCUCAUCUUUACGUGUGUCAUGACCCUGCUCUACGCCUUCUCCAACAACAUCUUCUCAGUCAUCAACUUCUUCAGCUUCUUCAACUGGCUGUGCGUGGCUCUGGCCAUCAUCGGCAUGAUGUGGCUGCGUUACAAGAAGCCAGAGCUGGAAAGGCCCAUCAGGGUGAACAUCUGCCUGCCCAUUUUCUUCAUCCUGGCCUGCUUGUUUCUCAUUGCUGUUUCCUUCUGGAUGACGCCAAAGGAAUGUGCGAUUGGCUUUGCAAUCAUCUUCAGUGGGAUCCCUGUUUACUUCUUCGGGGUCUGGUGGCAAAACAAGCCCAAGUGGGUUCUCCAAGGCAUCUUCACUGCAACAGUCCUGUGCCAGAAACUGAUGGAAGUGGUUCCACAAGAAUCCUAAGCAGGAAAAGCAGAGACGUUCAGCUCGAGGAAACGCACAAUAUUAUUUUAAGACAACACAAGGAGAAAACGCUUCUGAUCCCUCGUAAACGAAACCUAGGCACUGGAGCACCCCGUCAGAGCUGCUUCAUGUCUGACACCAUGCCCCCGGCUCUGCCUUGCCUUCUCCAGCCCCGCCGUCACCACCUUUUAGCCUGGCAGAUGAGCAGCCCUGUGAUGAGUUCUCGGUACGAGCUGGGGCCAGGAGGAGGAAAUCCUGACGGCAACUCCGAAGGGGCCCUGCCCGUCCGGCGGCAGCGAGGCCGAUCAGUAUCUCUGUGUGUGUGUGAUACUGAGGGCUGUGCUUCAGUUCUGUGUAAGCUUACUCGGUCUGGGAUUCCCCAGACGAUGGUGGAUCUUCUCAUGAGGUCGGUUUGAGUGUUGCCAGCUGUCCCAACGUGCCUGUGUCUGGGGCUGGGACAGUCUCAGAGCUGCAGGGAGGUCCUGAGGGACCUCAGGGGGAGGGUGGUUGGGAAGCAAAGGGUGGCUGACGUUGGCUCACAGGCUUACACACACACCAACUCACACCAAAAUAUGCGCUGCCAGACGCUUUGGGUCCACUGGCAGUGACUUGGGUGAGACAAGGCAGAGCAGAAUUAGUGUCAGAGAAAUGACGUGGGGAGGUCUCAUCUGACUUUCACUGCGUUCCUGACUAGAGCACUCGGGGUCCCCUGCCACUGCCUGGCUUUUAACUCUCAGAUCCAAGCCAUCUCCCUGCUAUUGAGCCGGCCCUCCGGGAUGCUCUUCACCAGAAUGCCCGUCCCAUGGCACUGAGAAUUAGCACUGGGGCAGGUGCAGGCCUGAGGGUGAAGUUCCUCCUGAUAACCCCAGGGAACUGCAAUUAGCAGAAGGCCAAGUCCUUGGCUUGCUCACUCCGUGUUUUGCUGUAGUCAGGCAAUGAUCCAGCAUGGGAUGAGCAACAUCAUGCGCUCCAAACGGCCCCGCUCGUUCCCCACGGUCUGAUUCACGUUUGCCCCUAAACCAUUUGCAAAGAGAAAAUAAGGGUGGGAUUCCCUGGGCUCGUCCCCGGGGGGGUCUGUCUGUGCGCUGCCCGUCGUGAACGCUGAGUCUCUUCCUCUUCUCGAACGUGCAGUGGAGAUGGGACCAACUGGGUCUGGGGGUGUAGAAAAGGGCAGAUGGCCCCGGAUGGCUGGAGCCUGGCUUUCAUCUCGGUCUGCUGCAGAUGGUCUGUUUUGCUCUAAGAACCAGGGACCAGGGGCUUGGUCUCUCCUUCGUGCAAAACUGCAGCAUCAGGUUUGGCUUGGUGAGGUGCCCCCACCAACACCCUCCCGUUCAGGGAGGGGUCUCUGAGCAUAAACCAUGACCCGCAUGUGAAAUCACGUUUUGCUGUUGCGGGUGGUGCAGUCCCAUCCCCAGAGGCCACCCAAAAUUCCUCGAGGUCCCAAGUAGUCAAAACUGUCCCUUUUUUUGGUCAAAAGCAUCACCUUUUCAGCAAAACUGCAGGUUUUGAACAAUGUGCUCAUUAUGCCUCUGCGCUCGAGGUGGCAGUUAGAAAUCAAAAGCAUCUUUUCCCCACAUGUGAGCUGCUUCAGUCUCUGUUACAGAUCUUCUGUGUGCUCGUGCUUCGUGCAAAUGGGUCGUUGAACAACUUUUUCUCCUAUUUUUGUAAACUUAGCUGUUCGAAGCCAGGAUCCUCCCAAGAGCUAAUGCUUUCCACUGGAUUUUCCUCGUAGCAUAGAGUUCUUUUGGAUGAAGAGGCAUUAAGGACACCAAUGGUACUAGCUCAUGCUUUGUCCUUUUAAGUUCUUUAGCAAAAAAAAAAAAAAGGAAAAAAAAAAAAAAAAAAAGUGUGUUAUAGCAGGUGGCAGCUUCUGUUUUAAGUGUGUGUGACAAUGACCGUGGCUGUGCCAACGAGUGUCUCCGUGCAGCUCUUUGCUGUCGCUUCGCCAACCACGCGUCUUCGCUUUGAGGCGGCGCAGGAGGGAAUAGGUGAGACAAUCAUCACGCUGAAGCCCUUUGCUGUCAGGUUUGCUUAUUCCGUGGCAGCACAGGGUAGAGAUACGCGAGCCAGCUCAGGUGCUGCUUCCCACGGGUUAGUGACCGGCUCUCCUGGCCCUUAGUUAAACCUCUGGAGAGUUGGCGGCUGGUUUGGGUGUAUCUCCAGCGCAGAAGAACCCAAAGUUUAUGGCCAGUGCCUGGCUGUUCAGGGACCUACGUGCAAUGAAUCGGAGCAUCUCAGAGCGAGUGCCUGCGGAGAGGCAUUUGCAUAAAGAAGGUCGUGAACUCUGAAACCCGAACUCAAAUUUUUGGAAUCCUCUUCCAGCUGAAGGCUGAGAUGUUUGGGCAGGGUUAGGGAUGUGCAAUCGCUGCUUAUGCUGGAACCUGUUUUCAGGAAGAGAGAACCGCAGUCUGUCACCUCCCGCUCGGUCUGCAGGUGUUUUUUUUGGCUGCAGGGGUCUCAGGGCCAGCUUCCUGCAGGGCCUGGGUUCAGCGUAGGGGCUCUCCAUGCUAACACAUACCAGCAGAAUUACUUGUGAUGCAAAGGGAAGGGAUUUAAAUUCUCAGCCACCUCAAUCCAAUGUAAAUUAGCACCACUCAAAUCCGAUCCACGGAGAGCUCAGAAACGGGUCCAAAUCUCCCAGAGGCGUGGGGGUUGCUCGGUUGGGACACAUCUUUAAGUGAGUUUCAUCAGCGCCGAAGACCAUCACUAAACAAUGUCCUCUUGGUGAAUCUCUCACACUGGUUUUAAAGAGGAGAUGUCACACCGAGAAAUAUUUUUUAAUUAAUUAACUGUUCUUAAUUAAGUCCUUAACUCGCUUGCUUGCUCUUUAUGAAUUUUAAUGGUUUUUCACUUGCUGCUAAAGAUCUUUCUCUUGUACUAACCUGCUGGCUCUGGCACUGAUACCAUAUGUCUCAUGGUGGUCUCGCCAGCAUCUUCUUGGCAAUAGAGGUAUAAGAAACUGAACCAGGUACCAGCACAGAAUGACGAAAAUGUUGAAUUUGGUCAGCCACAACUCACAUCUCAAAGUUUACCUUUCAAAAACCUGAUUUCUUUUAUCCCUGAUUCAUUGACUCCGAUAGUUCCCCUUCACCAGAGCUUGAUGACAUGGCUGUAAGAGGCUGGGUUAUUUUUUUCCUGGAGUUUAGGGAGAUAAUGAGUAAAGGGGGGAAAACUGAAUUUCAUUUUAUAAAGAGAACACAAUAAAGUAAAUUCUCCAAUGGGUGAAACUGCUGCUAACAGUAUCUGCUGUCCGGCACCGCUUGUAACUCAGAUCAGCAGCCAGGAGUGUCUGCUGCCCUCGGGGCUGGCCAUGUUCAGCUGGAUUUUGGUAUGGAAAAAGAGAGAAUACACCCCCGUGAAAGACCUCCUUGCUGCUUGUUUUCCUCAAAUGUGGAAUGAGAUGUGUCACGGAGGGCGAGGGGGGCAACAGAGACCUCCCGGAAAAUUUCUCAUCGUUCCCAGCACCGGACGUGGGAUUUUUCUGUCGUUUCUCUGUUUGCCUGUGCUCUUUCGAGCCUGUGACCAGUCACGCCCGCUGCGACCCACCGCAAAGGACACACACGGCCGCAGCGCCCCCGAGUUUGCUUUCCUAAACGGUAGCUACAGUUGAGCGAGGUAUCGUGUGGAUCCUAUGUCAGUACUCUGCAGAUACAGCCAGACCCAUGUCAGUGGGAUCACAAGAGUCAUUUAGGUUGGAAAACACCUUUAAGAUCAUCGAGUCCAACCGUGGAGCUGUGGCGGUGUGUCUCUGCGAGUGGCGGCUGUGCCGCAGCAGCCCCUUGGUCCUUGCAUUAAACCCCCCCCCCUUUCAAUUAUCACUCUUCUUUGCUUGUUUUUAAGUAUUUAGGCUCCCGGGCAGUCAGUUGUUGGGGUGUUCUGGAAGAACAUCCCGCAGGGGUUGCUAGACAGUAGGGCAGGGGUGUGCAGAGCUGGAGCCAGGCGCCUACUUACCCGUUGGGUUCCUCUUUCUAAAUGAAAAACCUUCUUCCCAGCUGAGAGGGGAACCAGCCCUGCUGCUGCCCCAAAAUGGGGAGGAUUUGUCAUCCUGGGUGGAUUUUUACUUUUUUUUUUUUUUUUUUUAAUAUAUAUAUAUAUAUACUUCCUGCAGUAUUUGCAGUGUUUGCCAUCUCAGAUGCUGUGUCCUGGUAAACACACUUUUGUUUUUAAUGGCACCGUCUGUGGGUACCGAGUCCAGAGGGGCUCUGUCACUAUUGAGCCAAACUUUAAAGAUCCUUCAACUGGAUCGAAACUCGUAAGAAGCGGCUUUGGUGUUCCCCGAGCCCUCUCCCCGUGGGUGGCUCAGGCAAGGGAAUAAAUCGGGCUCCUCCAUGGGCUCCUCUGCUGUGGGUCUGCCCUGAGAGCGGAGCUGAGGGACAGCGGUGCUGUGACAGAGCUCUAUCCCCACGGCCGCGACUUCCCAACCACGGGGAGAGGUUUGCAGGGGCAGAGUCCCAGUCUGGCUGCAGGGAAGGCUUCCACUCAGUCUGGGAAGGUACCCGUGCCUUCAGCCGAGCCUACGGGGGCCUCGGGCUUUAAUAAAAAAAUAAUAAAUAAAUAAAUAAAACCAAAUAAAAACCAGCCGAACGUUGCCAUUACGCAACACUCUGGCCGGUUGGGGUUAUUCUUGCGGGAUGCCAGCUUUUCCAUCAACCGGUUGCACAACUCCCAUUUCUAAUGACAUCGAAGGGGGAAGGCGACGUUGGCCACUGAGAAAGGGCUCGGAACAAAAACUUCCUCCUGGAGCUCGGGAAAGGGCAGCCCAGGGUUGAGACGGCUCCGGUUCCCCGCCGCGGGGCUCGUGCCGAGGUCUGCCGCCCGGCGCCACGGCCUCGGCAGAGCCCCGUGGGGUCAGUCGCAGCCUUGUGCCGGCCCUGGGAGCUCGGUGAGCGUCUCCGAGCCGGGCCGGCGCCGCCGAAGCCGACGGCGUUUGGCUGCCGACCAGGGAGAGCGGCCACCAACUCCCUGGGGCGACAGGAAUCCCCUCCAGCGGCGCCCUUGCCCGUGCCGGGGCAUCCCACGAGCCCUCGGCGUUGGCGGGGGGGUGGGGAUGCUCAUGGGGUUCUACAUUUCUGGUGGCUUCUCGAGGAGUUUCAGCCAGCCAGCCUUAGGCUGGUUUUGAGAAGUUGCUUCCCAGUUUACACGGUCCGAACUGGAACUAGCAGCUGGGGGUGGAGCAGGAAGGGGGUUGCCUGUGUGCUGCUGGAUCCAAGGGCUCCCAGUUUGGUGCAGACGCUCUCGCCCGCGCGAUGUAGUGGUAGGAAAUGUGGCGUGGGUUAGGUCACCCCUAAGUAACCGAUGUCCAGAGGAUUCUUUCGUUGUUUUUAGCCCCCUGUUCCUUGUGUGAGACGGGGCGUUGCUUCCUCCAGCUGUUGGAAGUGUUAAUGAGGAAAAAAAAAAAUAAAAAAAUAAAAAUAUUUUUUUAAAUAUUGAAUUAAUUUUUAAAGGGCCUAAAAGAGACUUUCUAUCUACAUCUAAAUUAUUCCCGUCGGGCGACGUUCCUCUCGGCGCAGGGGCUCUGCAAGCGCGCGGAUGCUCUCCCGCAUCCCAGGCAGCGCGACGCGGGGUCUGGCUGCGUCUCCUGCGCUGGGAUGAAUUUCACAUUUGGGGAAAAAAAUCCUUAUUUGUUCAGAGGACAGAGUGAGGUCUGUGUCCCACCUAAAUCUUUGCAAAGGAAGUCUUUUAAGUGGUACCCAGACCUUGCGCUGGCCCGCAGAACAAAGGGAGGGUGAAAUUCACUUCUAGUGAAUAAUCUGACUUUUCAGAGAUAUCUUUCUUCUAAAGUUUGUAUUUUUGUUGUUUUUUUUUUUUAAAAAAAAAACGCAGAAAAAGUGGAUCUUAACAUACAGAAAAAAAUCUAGAUCUGAUUUACAAUUUUGUUAUAUUUGGUUGCUUUAAAAAUAUUUUACUAAUUUAAAUGUUGCUGUAGAUGACAUUCUAUUUAUUUUAAGGGGUAAAUAUCUUUUAGUCUUAAUACUUCUACAGUAAGCGCUGUCUAUUUACAAUAUUUGUGUUCCUGUCAACACAGCUAUUCCACAACUGACUGAGUGCUGGUCAGCCAGUAGUAACUUAAUCAAAUUGCCUUGUAAAACAAGAUGUCUCCUGCAAUGUAUUUUUUUGUAGUAUUUCUUGAUUCUUUUAUGUCUGUGGUUAACAAAUCUGUUCAAUGUUUGGGUUGUUCUAUGUUUUGGGUUGUUUUGUUGUUUUUUUUUGUUUUGUUUUUUUAACAAAGCUGAAUUACAACUGUCUUGUUGCUGGUC